AUGUUUGUGCGGCGUCCUCUCGGCCGUCUGUUCUCCUCGCUCCCCGCGCCGCCCCGCAGUCAGGCCGUCGCGAAGGGCCCCGUCGCACUGGCGAUUGAGAAGAAGCUAACUGAAGGCCUCCAAUGUGCACAGCUCGAAGUGAUUGAUGAGACGCCCCUCCACGCGGGUCACGAAGGGACGCAAGGCCUGAGAUCAGCGGAGACGCACUUCAGAAUCUUCGUGAAGAGCCCGGACUUUAAAGGCGUCCCCCUCGUGCAGAGGCAUCGCAAAAUCUACGCGUUGCUGCAGAAGGAGCUGGACGAAGGCAUCCACGCGUUGGCUAUCCACGCCGAAGCCUCGGAGUAG